GAGUUACUGUAUUGUACUGUGAAUCUCGGGAGGGGGGCUGCAAAAAAACUCCUAUUCUUCUGAGGUUCACCCCCCCAUACUUACAGCACCUUACUUCAGAUCGAUCUUUACCCGGUCGGAAGACGUAGAUGCCUUUUUGAUUCACGUACUUAUUUUGUUUUGUUUUAGUUUAUGGUUUGGUUUUUUAACACUCCGGGAGGGCAGAAAUGGCGGCCAACAUGUACCGGGUCGGAGAUUAUGUCUUCUUUGAGAACUCUUCAAGCAACCCCUAUCUGAUCAGGAGAAUAGAGGAACUGAAUAAGACGGCGAGCGGCAAUGUGGAGGCAAAGGUGGUCUGUUUCUACAGGAGAAGAGACAUCUCACAGAGCCUCAUUCAGCUGGCUGACAAACAUGCAAAGGACCUGGAAGAAGAGAAGGAAAGUCCCAUGGAGCCCGAGUUUUCUGAAAAACAGAAACAUCAGCUCCGACACAGAGAGCUUUUCCUUUCCCGCCAGUACGAGUCCCUCCCCGCCACACACAUUAGAGGGAAAUGCAGUGUGGCGCUUCUGAACGAGACUGAAUCUGUUCUGUCCUACCUGGACAAAGAGGACACAUUUUUUUAUUCACUGGUGUACGACCCCACACAGAAGACACUGUUGGCCGACAAGGGGGAGAUUCGCGUGGGUCCGCGCUUUCAGGCUGACGUCCCCGAGAUGCUACAGGAAGGAGAACCUGAUGACAGAGACCAAUCCAAAAUGGAGGUCAAGAUGUGGGACCCAGAAUGUCCGCUGACGAAUAAGCAAAUCGACCAGUUCUUGGUGGUCGCACGAGCUGUCGGUACGUUUGCCCGGGCGUUGGACUGCAGCAGCUCUGUCAGACAGCCCAGCUUACACAUGAGCGCCGCGGCAGCCUCACGAGACAUCACACUGUUUCACGCCAUGGACACCCUGCACCGGCACGGCUACGACCUGUCCAGCGCCCUGAGCGUGCUGGUUCCUCAAGGAGGACCUGUGCUGUGCCGAGACGAGAUGGAGGAGUGGAGCUCUUCAGAGGCGAAUCUGUUCGAGGAGGCGCUGGAGAAAUACGGCAAGGACUUCAACGAUAUCCGGCAAGACUUUCUUCCAUGGAAGUCGCUGACCAGCAUCAUCGAGUAUUAUUACAUGUGGAAAACCACAGACAGAUACGUUCAGCAGAAACGAUUGAAAGCAGCCGAAGCAGAAAGCAAACUGAAGCAAGUCUACAUCCCCACAUACAACAAACCCAACCCUAACCAGAUCUCCGUAAGCAACGGCAAGAUGGCAACUGUGAACGGCGCAGCGGGCACAGGCAGUUUCCACACGGCCGGAGGCGGCCGCGCAUGCGAGAGCUGUUUUGCUGUACAGUCUCCCCAGUGGUACUCUUGGGGUCCUCCCAACAUGCAGUGUCGCUUAUGCGUGUCCUGUUGGAUGUACUGGAAAAAGUAUGGUGGGCUUAAGAUGCCAAGCAGAGCCGAGGGGGCAGAGGAAAAGACGCCUCCAAGUCCUUCACACACCGAGGUGCGUUCUCGUGGUCACGGGCCCCGCCCGUCUUCCCACAUGGUUCCGAUGAGGAACAGCGGUAGCCCCAAGUCCUCCAUGAAGACCAAGCAAGCGUUCCUGCUGCAGGCCACGCGCCUCACCAAACUGGCGCGUCACAUGUGCCGUGACCUCAUCAGGCUGCGCCGGGCAGCGCGCCGCCCAUUUGUGCCCAUUAACUGUGGCGCCAUAAAGGCGGAGUAUAUGAUCCGGGUGUCAGAAGGCAUGAUGGGGCGACCGAUGAAGCCCAAAUCCUCUCCGAGGAGCACCCUGACCAGCGUCCUGCAGUAUCUCGAAUCUCGUCCGGCACCUCACGUUCAACGGUCCCACCGCACCCCCGGCCUUCAGGUGCAGCCCCCGCGGCGACUUCUUUCCUCUCUUCCCAGUCACGGCCCCCUUGGCAUGUUGGGAAAACGGAGCUAUCAUCACCAUAGCAGGGUCGAGUCCGCAGAGAGAAGGGCCGGUGCACCAGGACAAGAAAACCCAGCUCAUAUUGUGGGACCCGUUCCGCAGCAUAACGGAAGCAGCACCGGUGGUUCUAACCUUCGUGGCAGUGGCCUGAUGCAGCGCAAGAGACGACCCAACUGGAUCGAUGCCCCGGAUGACAGCUUCUUCCUGGUUUCCAGAGAGACGAGGAAAGCCAGAAGGAUGCUCUCCCGUUCACAGUUAAGAAGAGCGUGUAGACAACCUUGUGAGCAGAUCAGCCUGCGCAGGAUCCCCCAGGGGCCAGCGCAGGUACCUGUACUGGCACCCCCCCACCCCAGUUUACGGAUGCGAGGUCCGAUCGUCAUCCACGACUGACCCUCGCCUGCGAUGCUCCCUCAGCCUGUUCUGUCAGUUUGUCAUUUGCUGCCUAAAUCUGCACUGCACAGGCCACAAACCACUAAAAAGCUUCUAGUUCUUUAAAUUUUUGUACAUUCGCUUCCUCUUCUGGACAAAAAGCUUCAAGGCACAUGGUAAAUAAAGCAUUUAGCCAUUUUGUAUGUACUGAAUACUCAAGUUUCAUUUCAACACUUUACCUGGAAGCGAGGUAUAGCAUCAGCAGGUCUUUGAUAAGAACGGCUGUAGGGACUAAAUGGAGUUGGCCAUGCCACAUACGUAUCAUGUACAGAUCAAUGCUAACGAAUGCUGACCACUCAAAAGACUCUUUUGAGAAGUUUUAGUGUACUCUUUGUAAGUUCAUUUUGCUCUGCAUUGGAUUCCUUUAUUUCUCUAUAUCUUCUGUGUGUAUCAUGACAAGUACAAGUUUGUGAACUGUUUUUAUAUUGUAUUUAAACAAGGACUGGACAUCACUGUCCAACAGUAUUGUAUGUUAUUGACGAUUCCUUAAUUUAAAUAAUGGUCUUUACUGGGAGCAUGUUCAAUAGAUUCUUUUAACUGAUGAUGUUUUGUUACUGGAUAUAAUGAUUUGUGGAGGUCAUGCCAGUUUUUGCAUUUCCCCUGAAAUUUAAAUAACUUCUGAUCAUGUAUCUAGAAUAUUCAAGACUUUACAGUUUCAGGUGUUCAAUAAUACCUUUUGGUUUAGAAAAUUACUGGCAUGUUGACUUAAGAGGGGAAAAGAAACAGCAAUUUUUUGGCACUUGACAUUCGCGUUAACUGUAUUUCAAAUGAGAUUCUUACAAUUCAGAGCAUUCCUCUAUGGGAAUAUUCAUUAUCCAGGCUGUUUAUAUAGCAUGUGACCGUGAUAACGAUAAGCUCAUUUUGAUUUCUAUGCCUCAUACAUUUAUGUUGUGUUUCAUUGUAUGUCACACAUUUACUGAAAUAUGCCUAAUAAAAAAGC